AUGACAUGUAAAAACAAUGUAUCAUGUAACUUAUCACUGAAUGUCUUUGAUACCAGCACACCGAAUACAUCAUCAUCUAUAUCCAUUCAUCAUCAUCUAUCUACCAUUGAAAUAGGUAUCAUACUAACUCUGGCAACAGGUACCACUAUACUAAAUCUUAUAGUACUAUUGGCAUCUAAGUUUGCGAGUGGUGGUGAAAGUCCCACGCUAGUGUUUGUGAGGAGUUUGUGUGUGGCUGAUGUUUUGUUAGGAGUGUACGGAGGAUUUAAAAUGAUUAUGUUUUUCAAUGUUGAUAUCUUGAUGAUGAAUUUCUUCCUACCUGAGAGUUUAUUUUUCACAGCUCUACUGGCCUCUGGAUUAUCCUUGUUAUCUCUCAAUAUAGACUGCAGUAUCAAACUAUCUCAGCCCUUUAAAUAUCUUAUGCACAUGGAUAAAAAGAACAUCAUAACUUUUAUGGUUUUAUUGUGGAAUUUUUCAUUCAUAAUUGGAUUUCUGCCACAAAUUGGUUGGAAUAACAUAGAUCAUGUGAAGUCAUUUUUUACAUUUUUCUCUUGGACGUUCUUUUUAUUCCAUGGGAUUCUUGUGUUUAUAUCCAUUGUGCUCAAUGUGAUUAUGAUUGUGUUUUUACGUACAAAAACUAAACAAAUCAACACCAAUCAGAACUUUAUGCGAGCAUCAACUCAUGAGUUUCAAAAAUAUCAUAGAUUAGUGGUGACGACUAUUAUCGAUACAAUAUUAUGGUUGUCAUGUACUAUACCGUUUUAUACUUAUCUUGGAUUAUUUUGUUCCGAGUGCCCAUUAGCUGACUCCAUUAACUCUGAUAAAAACAUAGUGUAUUUCAUACCAGUGUUUUUAGUGAAAUCUUUUAUAAGUGGCCUUGUUCAUGGUUAUAGAACUGCUCAAAUCAAAUCAGUGAUUCAAAACUUAUCACGCGGAGUAUCACGUUUGAUGAAAACCUCACACAGAGUUCGAACAAACGGCAUUCCUACUGUGUAUACUAAUAAUAGUCCUAUCAAUUCUGAUCAAUCUGAUGAUGCAAUGACUUACGAUGGUCCAAUUAGUCGUAUUGGUAGUACGAAUAGUAAUGAUAAUUUGAUAAGUGAUUCUAGAGCUACUUUAAAUACUGUUGUGUCUUCAGGUAUUCAGUCACAUCAAGUUGAAAUAACUGUAUUAUAA